UAGGCUUUUCAUUGUCCACAAAAGGCUUGGGGGAAAAACAAAAAAGCAUAACCACUGGUGCCACCCAUGCACAAAGCUGUGCCUCACCUGGGCCACCCCAUUUUAAAAGAUCUGGACACGCCACUUCAUGGGAGCUGAACAAACCAAUCAGAGGGCCACAAAUGGGUCAGUUUGGAGGAUAGAUAGUCUCUUUUUCUCCUGGUCCCUGUCCAACAGCAGGUCGUCCAAACAGCUGAUACAACUUUUCCCUUUCCUUCCUAAUGAGCCAUAAAAGAAGAAAACUGCUUUUCGAUUUAUUAAAAAAAAGUCAAGUUGAAGUUAACUCUGGUCUGAGACAAACGUGAUCACGUGACUCUGCUGCAGCUGGAGGCAUGAGAGGUCUGGACCUGGACCAACACAUCUGAGUCUGGUUCCUCUCCUUUUAAUCAUCAUCAUUGAUAUUAAUGCUGAGGAGUGAAGCUGACGCAGGACCAGAACCGUUUGGUGCAGAAACCUCCAUAAAGAGGAAGUUCUGGCGGUAUUUCCUGGAUUGACAGAAACUGGUGUGAACCGAGACUGGGAGCUGCGGUUCUCAACGUGGGCGACGGCUGAUAAAUGGAGCCGGAGUCCGACUCUCUGCUGCUGAUCUGUGACUGGGAGGCUGGAGUUGAGAUGGAGCUAGACAACGUCUAUAGACCGGAGUACUGGGUACCGGACCAGCUCCGGACCCACCGGACUCAGGGCCGAAGGACGAAGUACUUCGUUGUGGCCUGCCUGCUUGUGCUGAUCGUUGAAGUUCCGGUGGUUCUGCUCGUUGUUUCUUACGGACGUUCCUGCCGGACUUCACCAGACAGCCAGACUGUUGUUCAGCCUGACAGCAUCUCUCUGGGAAAACUGCAACAAGUGAGUUCUGCUCCUGGAGGAGUCAAAGAGACCCCACGAGCCAUGCUGACAGCCCCAGAGAUUCCAGACAUUUCUAAUAAACAGCUGCAGUGGGAGAGCAACAUGGGAAACGCUUUCUGCAAAGGAGGCUUCAACUACACCGAUGGACACCUGGUGGUGCCCAGAGCCGGCUAUUACAGAGUCUUUCUGCAGAUCACCUACGGGGAUCAGGGUGGUGACGCGGAUACAGACUGUAAAAACAGAGAGACGUUAAAACUCUCCCACUCUGUUUCCUACUUCCACGACAGCUACCCGGAUUACCAACCGCUCCUGUCAGCAGUUGACACAGUGAUUUGCGCCCAGGGCUGGAGGAAGUCUCUGUUUACAAGCGGCUUGUUCCACCUGGAUAAGGACAGCGUACUGAAGGUAGAAUCGGAACAGCCAAAACGCAUCGUGAGAAAUGAACAUGAGGUGUUCUUUGGAGCUGAACUUCUUCCUGAUUCACGUUGAGGUUGACUCAGGAUGAUCCUCAUCACAUGGGUCAUAUACUGUAUAGUUGAAUGGACAUUUUUUGAGUUCAACUCCAACAGACUUGGUGUAGAUGUCAGAGGACCAUCUACACCAAGUCUGUUUCAUCCUGGUCCUUGAGGGCCACCCCCCUGCAUGUUUCAGCUGUUUCCCUACUCCAACACCCCUUUUUCAAUAGAAGAAUCACCUUCUCGGAAAGUCCUCAACAUCUUCAGACAUAUUAAACACCCAUUUGCUCAAACCAGGUGUGGUUGCAGGGAAAUGUAGAAUCUGUGCAGGCAGUGACCCUCAAGAACGAGGACUGGACGGCUGUGGUCCAAACCAAGCAGCUCAUGGAUGAAAGUGAAACACCAACGGCGUGCUUAUUCAUGUAGGAUGUCAGCUUUUCUCUGAAAAUGAUCUCAUGCUUCAGAGUAACACCAGGGGUGGGUGAUGGGAUCUACACAGCUGCAAGGCCCAAUUAUAAUAUGGGCAAACUGGGCACAGGCCCAGGGGCCCACAGCCCCAAGGGGGCCCACGCGAGCAGCAGUCUUUUUUUUUGUGUGUGUGCAGCAGUCUUAACGUUAGAGAAAAAAGUUAACAAUUAAACCUGUGCCUGCAUUUUCCAAGUUAACACACAUUUCUCUUAACAACGGUAGUUUUUGCAUCUUUACUGCCUGCUUCAGCCCUCUCCCCCCUCCCCCUGCGCAGUGGCGGCAAACUCACCGAUGCGCCUGCAGCCUCUCAGAGUUCCUGCUGCUCUAAAUAUUGAAAGAAUUAUUUCAUUUUCUGUUCCUCACUUCUGAUUACCUUCAAUGGUGUCUGUUUGUUGCUACCAGGUACAAAAACUAACUUGUUUUUUAUUUGACUAUUUUUCUGUCCUGUCUGUUUAUUAUCUUCCUGCACCUCCUCUCAAUCCUAAAGAAAAACUGCUACC